ACGUCACACGGGCUGUCUCCAAAGGGACGCAGCGUUGAGUGUUUGGGCAGCCAGGCGGCCAGUGUGCAUCCCAGGACGCAACAUCAGUGUAGCCGGGGCUCAACUUUCUGCUGAUCGCUUCACUUCAGACGCUUUGGAAAAACUUACAAAAAUGGGUUGCUUUGAGUGCUGCAUCAAAUGUUUAGGCGGGGUGCCAUAUGCGUCACUGGUGGCUACAAUCCUCUGCUUCUCUGGCGUUGCCCUGUUCUGUGGAUGUGGCCAUGUGGCUCUCACUGGCACCGUGACCAUCUUGGAAACCCACUUCUCCAAGGUUGCCAGUGAUCAUGCCAUGCUGACUGAUGUAAUACAGCUGAUGCAGUAUGUCAUCUAUGGCAUUGCUUCAUUUUUCUUCCUGUAUGGGAUCAUUCUGCUGGCUGAGGGCUUCUACACGACCAGCGCAGUCAAGGAACUGCACAGCGAGUUCAAGACCACCAUAUGUGGACGCUGCAUCAGUGGAAUGUUUGUGUUCCUCACAUACAUCCUGGGUGUGGCCUGGCUUGGUGUGUUUGGCUUCUCCGCUGUGCCAGUCUUCCUCUUUUACAACAUGUGGUCUACCUGUGCCACCAUGAGGUCACCCAUGGCCAACCUCACCAACAUUGACUCCAUCUGUGUGGAUGUUCGUCAGUAUGGAAUUAUCCCAUGGAACGCCACACCAGGCAAGGCCUGUGGAUCUACGCUAGGUGACAUCUGCAACACCAGCGAGUUCUACCUGUCUUAUCACCUGUACAUCGUAGCGUGCGCCGGGGCUGGAGCCACUGUGAUCGCUCUGAUCCACUUCCUCAUGAUUCUCUCAGCAAACUGGGCCUACCUUAAGGAUGCCAGUCAAAUGCAUGCCUACCAAGACAUCAAAAUGAAGGAAGAGCGGGAGCUGCAGGACAUCACCUCACGCUCAAAGGAAUGCCUCAAUUCCUACACAUAAGGAUAUGACACGCUCACACUCACAAUGCACACAAACAUACACGCAAGUAAAGACACAUAGACACUGUGGCCAACCACUGUGGCCCCUUUGGACCAAGACAACUCUCUGCUAAAAUAACCUGCCAACUGCUGUGAUGCUGUGCAGUACUAACCAGGCUCCUAACAAACUAAUGCAUCAGUGCUGCUUUCUGCACUAACUCACCAAGAAGUGUUUUGGAACUGCUACUCCACAUUUCAUUUAUUUUAUUUUUUACUUUCUAUUUUUCUGAAGGAAAAUUCUGAUAUUCAUGUAGUGUUUGAUUUUCUCUAGCCCUUUGUAUAGCCAGUUUUUGCUGGUGAAGCUUGAGACAUUGCACUAUUCUUAUACAACGCAUAACGAUGACAGUUUGUUUCAGUCUUCUCUCUUUUUUUUGAGCUCUGGUGGCCAGUUUUCAACAAGGGAAUGUAAGAUUUUAUUUGUUUGCUCUUUUUCAUUAAAAAAAUGCUGAUUAAUUAUAGAAAACAUGAAAGGCCUUACAUUCAAUCUGAGUUAGUGUGCCACUUCUUGAUGGCAUCAAUUUUUAAUGUACGUACACUAGACUGUGGCAUGUCACAUGUUUUUUUGAAUUUUCAGUAAGGCAAAAAUCCUGUAAACAUGGUGGUAAAAGUUCAAGUAUUUAACCACAUGUUAAUCCUAGUGAUAAUGUAAGUGUUACUAUUUGGUUCUACACUCAUAUAAUGAUUUGUCAUUAUAAUUUUUAUGAUACAGCUACUUAAAAGCCACUCAGAACAUUCAUGGCCUACAUUAACACUACCUCAGAUGUGCACUAGAGCCUAUAGAACAACUUAACUGGAACAAACAACACUUCUCCCAUGUAAAAGUACAGUUUGAAAAUCCUAUUUUAGUUGUAAAAGGAUGCCUCAGAGACGCAGUAUGUAUUAUGUUAGCUGCAAAGUAAACCAAGCCAAUUAAACCACAUUAGGAGCUCCUCUACACCACAGUAUCAUAGGAUUUAAAUUGUAUGCAUAAUGCCAUAAGAAUAACUUGCUUGCUAAAUGUGGACUGCUGCCAACAAUGAGACAAGGGUAUUCAAUGCAUUUAAUAUCUUAAAAGUUUGGUCCGUGUGUAUUCAUUAAUGCAAAUGAAAAAAACCCUGCCAACACAGAAAGCUCUCUGAUCCGUCAUACAUGCUUUUCAGCCCAUUAUCUAUUGUAAUAUCUGAUCAUAUAUUAUAUGAUCAAAAUGUACUUGAUUUUGAAACACUCUUAUAAAAACAUGUGUGACUAUGUCCCACGUGCAAUUGUACCAUGGCAAAACCUACAGAUCUAAAGAACUUAAGGUGUAAACUUGUUACAAGUGAAGGUUUUUAGUGUUUUGUUACUUUUGAAGAUACACCACUUCAUUUUUCUCCUAAUUUUCUAUAAUUGCACCUGUUUUUAAUGUGCAAUUGUCAUAAUGCUGACAUAAUUACUCAUGUAAUCUUUUAUUUCUAUUAGUUGAGUUACAGGGAUAACUUGAUGUUUCUUUGUUGCAUGAAGAUAACUGUUACUGCAGUGACACGUGAUGUACAGUCAUGUAUACUGACAUCAGUAGUAGGCAGUGUUUGCCUGUUUCCUUUUUUUCUAACUGAAUACAAAUUAAUCCAUUUUAUGUAGCUGAUUAGUUAUAGGUGUUUAUUUAGGUUCUUUCAUUCAAGUCAAAAGUAUAUGAGUCUUGUUUAUUAUAUUAUUUUGUUGCCUGAUAGUAUACCUGUAUUUUCUUUGAAUGUCAAGGGCUUCCUCGUGAAUUACUGAUGCUUAACUUUUAAUUCAACUUUCAAGUAACAAUUAGAUGCAACACAAGUCAUUUAUAAAAUUGUACGGCAAUCUAAAUGGUAAAAUCUAGCCAAAGUAUGAAUGCCAUUGUGACUCCCUGCCCAGUGUUUUACACAGUAUCUGAGAUACUGUAGUGCAAAACCUGCAUAAAACCAUACAGUGACCGAGGAGAAAGAUGACAGAUGUACAAGAAGUACAUCUCUGUAUGCUGUGUUUCCUGUUGAAUGAACCAAAAAACUAAAGAAUAAAGGCUACCUAUCAAUCACCACGAGGACAAGAAUCCAGCAUCCUGUCUGACUGGAAACCCCUUUGACAUUUCUCAACUGGCCUGUUGACUGUUUUUAUGAAAAUAAAUAAAAUAAGAAACUUC